GAACACCACGCGGUAUGCUGGUUUGCUUCUCUCGCAAGCUAUUUGGUAUCUCCUUCCAAGUUCCAACGCUAAAGUUCCAGACGUCUUGGAUUUAUUCUCAGAUCAAGCUACUCACUGUCUCAACCAGAUUUUUCUUCUUUGCUGUUUUCUUUAUUUACUUGGAGGGGUUGAUCAUCUGGUGUCACUGACUCACUGUACAAAAUUCACAGACAGGGAAGAUAGAAAUGUUUUCCGACGAAUAUGGGAAUCGUGGGACGUCAUUCGAGCACUCAUAUCGAUGUUACCCUGCUGCUUUUAUUGACAAGGUCUGCAUUCUUUUGCAGCCCCAACUUGAAACUGGUGAUAAAAUUAUAAUGCCUCCUUCGGCCAUUGACCGUCUAGCAUCUCUACAUAUUAAUUAUCCAAUGUUGUUUGAACUCCGGAAUGAUGCUGCUGAUCGGGUUUCUCAUUGUGGGGUGCUGGAGUUCAUUGCAGAGGAAGGCACAAUAUAUAUGCCUUAUUGGAUGAUGCAGAACAUGAUUUUACAAGAGGGAGACAUUGUAAGAGUGAAAAAUACAACACUUCCCAGGGGAACAUAUGUUAAAUUACAACCUCACACCCAGGACUUCUUGGAUAUUUCUAAUCCAAAAGCUAUGUUAGAGACCACUCUGAGAAAUUUUACCUGCUUAACCACCGGAGAUAGCAUCAUGGUGGCAUACAACAACAAAAAGUAUUACAUUGAUAUUAUAGAAACCAAGCCUGCUAAUGCAAUAACCAUCGUUGACACUGAUUGUGAGGUGGACUUGGCUCCUCCCUUGGACUACAUGAAAUCUGCACUGAAGAAAGCCAAGGAGGCUCAAGCUAAUAAAGAACAUAAGUUCAACCCUUUUUCUGGUAGCGGAAAACGUUUGGAUGGAAAGCCGUUGAAGUAUCAAUCUCCUUCAUUAUAUUCUCCGACUCCAAAUGGGAAUUCGCUAUCUUCUGCAGCACCUGGUUCUCAACGAAGGAGUCCUCAAUCUCAAGGAAACGUUGUUUUUGGAUCUGAUGUAUACCGUACUACAGAAAUAAGAAAGGGGAAGGAAUUAAAUCGACAGCCUCCUCAACAAGAACAACCAAAAUUUCGGGCUUUCAUGGGCAAGAAGUACUCUCUAAGGGGUUGAUUAAAUAUUAAAUCAAGUGCUUUGAACUUUUACUGUACUUUACUAAUCUUGUCUUCAUAUGAUGAGAAGAUGACACAGUAUGAUGCAAUAAGAAGCCUACGGCUCGUGUAACUGCCUUACAGUAAUAAGAGAACACACCCAUCUGUUUGUCCAGCUA